GAGUAGGGUGUUUUACAAAUGGCGACCCUGUUAUCACACGUGAGAAUUGGGUAGAAACUGUCGUAUUUUGUCUAUUAAUUUGGCUUUUUUCAAAUUUUGAAGUUUCGCAACAUUGGUUGGACAUCAACACGAUCGACUUGCGAUAUAAUUAAUUAACAGAUUGAUAAUCCUGAUCAGAGAUUUUAUUUCGACAUGAUAUCUGACUCAGAAUCGGAAGCCGACAUCAAUUCAGGAAUCCAGAGAACAUUAAUUUCCAUCAAUGACAUUACUCUGAAAAUAAAAAAGGAGCUAAACAUGAUCGAUGAACUUGUGAAAGAAAAUGGACUCCUGCAGACGGUAGUUGGGACAGCGAAUGAAACAUUGUCUAAGAAAGUUCACGAAAUGGGAAUGAAUGUUGCAGAGAUCAUCGAUGAGGGCAGGCGCAAUGACAGGUUAGAAUCGAAUUUUCUGGAUUCAGUCAUGUCAAACAACAUAGUAGUUACAGAGAAAUUAUUGGAAUACAUGAAUCCCUGAAGCAUAUAACUUUUAUUAUAUUUUAUAUACAUAUAUUUUUAUGUUUAAUAUACAUAUAUUUUUAUUCUU